UUCAAACAUGGGCAGAUACAUGUAGCGCACCCUACCCAAACAAUAGCGAUAUACGUCUUGAAUGUGCUAAUUACAAACAGAAGUGAAUAUAGACGACUACUUUUGUUUUCUUGGCGUUCUGAACUUCUUAAAUAAUGCCAUAAUCCCGCAACUGGACGUCUGCCUUCUGAAUGGAUUUAGUCACGAUUACACUGCCUGACGAUUACACGAUUAAACAAUCCAUUGGACACAAUCUGCGACACCAGAGUUAGUUGUAUGUCGUCUUGAUAAAUCACGUGACCCUUUCUAGCUAAACCUGUCGGACCAGUGACCACGUAACUUCUUCUGAGGUGUAACGUUACAUACCUUAUCGGUUAGUCUCUAACACAACUAUUACUUCCAGUCGCUGGAAAACGCCGGAGACGAGGAAAGGGUAUAAGUAGCGAGAUUAGACCUGCAUUCGUCGUGGCUGUUCAUGUUACCUCAGGCUCCCUGAUGCAGUAAAGGCACUGGUACUCAGAGAUUAAGGGCUGCGAGCAUCAAAGAAGAGGAGAAACACGAAAUUUUAUCGGGAACAAUUUUAUUUUCGAACGCCCCAGGCAAACUAUCAAAAUGGUGACUGGAAUUUGCAAUGCUGCCUCUCUACUAGUUGCUGCAGCAUCGUUGGCAACGGCGAGUACUACCGUACGGUUUGGCGCGUUAUCUGAUUCAGCCUUUCCUGCCGCUUCGUCUGCCCUGAAGAUUGCUGUGGAGCAUGUGAACGAGAAUAACCUCAUUCCCGGAGUCGUUCUUGAGUACAUCGAGAACACGACAACAUCCCUCGCUUUCUUGGACAUGAUCCAACAUGAAUGCUUCCAGGCAUCACAAGGCGUUGUGGCUGUUAUUGGACCGACCCUGUCGUCACAGGUUAAGGCCACCAGCCCCGUGAGUACCGGGAUAUCCCUGCCCCAGAUCGCUCCUGAGGCGACAGACCCCACCCUAGGGAACGCCCAGCAUUACCCCCAGCUGGUCCGCAUCUCCUGGCCAGACAGCGUGCUCAGCAGGGCUCUCAUAGACCUGUUGGAGCAUUUCAGUUGGGACCAGAUGAGCAUCUUUGUCUCUAACGAUGACUACGGGCUACAUGGCCUAGUGGAUUUUCAACUCAUCGCAGGCCAGAACAGAUGGCGGAUCCACACCAUACAGUCGUUCGACCCGACAGAGAAUGCUGCAGACAUUGAGGUGCAGUCACAGCUGAGAGUCAUCAAAGACACAGGAGCCCGCAUCAUUGUCCUCCACUGCCUGGCAUCAUACGCAGCUGAGAUCGUACGAGAAGCCAGCAACAUGGACAUGACCGGAGCAGGCUGGGCCUGGGUGGUCAGCGAUGGGAUAACCAGCUAUGCAAGUGAUCUUUUUGAUACGAGCAAUGGGACAGUCACCGUGCCGGACUACCUCCAAGGUCUACUGGGGCCAAAACCUCUGUCUACAAAUGGAGCCCUCAGUGAGGACUUCAUGGCAAAGUGGAGCGCGGCCGAUCUAGCGGUGUACCCGGGCGCAGGAGUUGCGGAAAUAGGGCCUUAUACAGCCAGAUGGGCGGAUGCGGUCCUGGCUCUCGCCAAAGCGUUGAGGAACCUUCAGGAAGACGGCAUCACGGUGACACCCCAGCCUCUGGACUGUGGCUGCGAUGGAAGUGAAUCACAGCCUUGGGCAGACGGGGAGACAAUGCUGCAGUAUCUGAAACAGGUGAACACAGAUGGGGUGACCGGUAAUAUCCGCUUCGACUCGGCGGCAGCCCGCUUGGAUGCAGAGUACAACAUCGUUAGUUUGAAAAGCGACGGAUGGCAAAACGUCGGUACGUGGAACCUCUCGGCUGGGCUAAACAUUCACUCUGACGCAGAUAUAAGAUUCGCGGGUGGGGCAACUACAGUCGUUCCGUACAUCUCCGACCUGACCAACAAAACCCUGCGGGUUGUCACCAUCGCUGCGGACGGCUUCGUGGAAAUAUCAGACGUCGAUAGAGACGGGAACAACGUGACGGGGAACGACAGAUUCCAGGGGUUUUGUAUGGAGCUGUUCUCUUGGCUAUCCAGUGAACUUGGCUUCGAGUACGAGUACUACGUAGUCGAGGAUGGACAGUACGGCAUCUACAACUCGAAAACAGGAAAAUGGAGCGGACUGGUCGGCGAUGUAGUGGAUGGGAAAGCCGACAUGGCCGUGGCCAUUAUGUCUAUUACGUCAGAAAGACAAGCGGUUGCUGACUUCACACUUCCGUAUUAUGACAACGGAAUUACCCUCGCCAUGCAGAAAGCAAGUUCAAGGACUUCAAAUACAUGGGGCUUUAUCAGCCCAUUCGAGGGAGAACUGUGGGCCACCAUCUUGUUGACAGCCUUGGCGGUGGGACUCUUUCAAGGGCUUGCCAAUUUAGUAACAAAGAACAUGGACGAGGAAAGUGAGGAACCUGCAGAAGAAGAUGACGACAAGGAGACAGGUUUCUGGGAGGCUGUGUGGCAGUCAUUCGUGGCUCUGGUUCAGCUGGGUCCGGAGUUCCUGCCGAGGUCAUUAUCAGGUCGAGUUUCUGCCUUCUUCUGGGGAAUCGGCAUCCUUGUGGCCAUCUCUACUUACACCGCCAACCUGGCUGCUUUCCUGACCGUCAGGAACGUGGAUAACUCCAUCAGUUCUCCAGAGGACCUUCUUGCACAGACGGAAAUCAAAUACGGUACAAUAAGAACCUACGCGACGUGGGUGUCCUUCAAGACCACUACAACCGAACCGUACCAGUCAUUGGGAGUCGUCAUGCAGGCCAAUGAAGAGUCAGUCCUUGUGGAUAACCUACAGGAGGGUCUGGACAAGAUGCGUCAGGAGAGAUAUGCGCUGUUCGCUGACAGUGCUGAACUGGAUUAUGUGGCUAGUCGUCAGCCCUGUGACCUGGAGACCAUUGGACGGCUGUUCUGGCAAACUGGAUACGGGAUGCUUCUCCCUAAAAACUCCAAGUACACCGUGGAGUUCAACCAAGCUAUUGUCAGUGCAGAAGAACGCGGAGUUGUAGACGAAUUGGACGUUAAAUGGAUCAAAAGCCAGGAGUGUUCGGGAACAGACCAGACUGUGUUGGAAUCCUCUGUGAUCGGACUACAGGACAUGUUGGGUGUGUUCGUGCUGGUGUAUGGGGGCAUGGCGUUGGCUCUCGUCGUGCUGAUUGGUGAAUUCAUCUACGCAUGCGCCCAAGAUGUGAAAAAGUCGGAUCCCCAUAAGCCCAUGACAGUCAAGGAGGCGGUGAAGACACGUUUAAGAAGAAUAUUCUCUCGCCGGACGAAAAGCAGUGCCAAAGAGAAAGUCCAUCCUUCAAACAUCCAAACGAACCGGGUCUUUAUCGUUGACCUUGAGUAG